UUAUUAUUAUUAUUAUACACGUCUACGGCAGCUACACAGAACAGAAAAAAUUCCCCUCUUCCCCUCUUUCUUGUCUUCACUUCUACGGUUCUACCUUCAGUUACCAAUCUGCUUCUGCUGUUCUUCUUCUUCAUAUUCCACUACUACCGAGCAGUGACCUUCAAUUUAAGCUUGGAUUGCGUUUAAUUUCUGUUUUUCUUAGAGUGACAAUGGGCGAUGAUAAUCUGAAGACAUGGGUAUCAGAUAAGCUAAUGUCAUUGCUUGGAUAUUCACAGGCAACUGUGGUUCAGUACAUUAUUGGAAUUUCUAAACAAGCUAGUUCUUCAGCUGAUGUGCUUAGUAAACUUGAGGCUUUUGGGUUUCCAUCAUCGACCGAAACCCAAUCUUUUGCUCUAGAAAUCUUUGCUAAAGUUCCCCGUAAAGCAUCUGGUGGUUUAAAUCUUUAUCAAAAACAAGAAAGGGAGGCUGCUGUGUUGGCAAGGAAGCAGAAGACUUAUCAACUUUUGGAUGCUGAUGACGAUGACGAGGAUGAUGAUGCUGGUGGUAUUGAUAAUAAGUCUUUGAUUGCCACUACAUCUGAUAGGCACAAGAAACGGUUUAGGAAGAAGAUUGAGAGUGAAGAGGAUGAAGACGAUGAGGUGGUCAAACAAGUGGAAGAAGCAAGACAGGUUAAAAGACGGACUUCCUCAUAUGAAGAAGAUGAUGAUGAUGAUUCUGAGGCGGAGCGAGAGAGACUGCGUGAUCAGAGAGAGAGGGAACAAUUAGAGAGAAAUAUUAGAGAACGUGAUGCUGCAGGGACUCGUAAGCUAACAGAGCCAAAGUUGAAAAAGAAGGACGAAGAAGAGGCAGUUCGAAGAUCAAAUGCUUUGGAGAAAAAUGAGCUUGACACUUUGAGAAAGGUGUCACGACAAGAAUAUCUAAAGAAAAGGGAACAAAAGAAACUGGAAGAAAUAAGAGAUGACAUUGAGGAUGAACAAUACCUCUUUGAUGGUGUGAAGCUCACGGAAGUUGAAUAUCGUGAUCUAAGAUACAAGAAGGAAAUUUAUGAGCUUGUGAAAAAGAGGUCAGAGGACGUUGAGGACACGAAUGAGUACAGGAUGCCAGAAGCAUAUGAUGAAGAAGGAGGCGUUAAUCAGGAGAAGAGAUUUUCUGUGGCCUUGCAGCGUUACAGGGAUGGCAGCGCUGGAGAUAAAAUGAACCCAUUUGCUGAACAGGAAGCUUGGGAAGAUCAUCAAAUUCAAAAAGCAACAUUGAAAUAUGGUUCUAAAAAUAAAAAGCAAAUAUCUGAUGAUUAUCAGUUUGUGUUUGAGGACCAGAUUGAGUUUAUCAAGGCAACGGUUGUGGAGGGUGACAAGUUUGAUGAUGAGCUGGCCACUGAGUCACUUGAUGAGUCCAAUGCAAAAUCAGCUUUAGAGAAGCUUCAGGAAGAUAGAAAAACCUUGCCUAUCUAUCCAUAUCGAGAUGAAUUGCUCAAAGCUAUCAAUGAUCAUCAGGUUAUUAUCAUAGUGGGAGAAACUGGUUCAGGGAAGACCACACAGAUACCACAGUAUCUUCAUGAAGCUGGUUACACCAAGCAUGGGAAGGUUGGUUGUACACAGCCAAGGCGAGUUGCUGCCAUGAGUGUUGCUGCUAGAGUUUCUCAAGAAAUGGGUGUGAAACUUGGGCAUGAGGUUGGCUACUCCAUUCGUUUUGAAGAUUGCACUUCAGAUAAGACUGUUUUGAAAUAUAUGACUGAUGGAAUGCUCUUGCGUGAAUUUCUUGGCGAACCAGAUCUGGCAGGCUACAGUGUUGUGAUGGUGGAUGAGGCACAUGAAAGAACUUUGUCAACUGACAUACUGUUUGGAUUGGUAAAGGAUAUAGCCCGUUUUCGACCAGAUUUAAAGUUGCUUAUUUCAAGUGCAACACUUGAUGCUGAGAAAUUUAGUGAUUACUUUGAUUCUGCUCCAAUUUUCAAAAUUCCUGGGAGGAGGUUUCCUGUCGAGAUACACUAUACAAAAGCCCCAGAAGCUGAUUACUUAGAUGCAGCUGUUGUAACUGUACUUCAAAUCCAUGUGACACAGCCGCCUGGAGAUAUUUUAAUAUUUCUCACUGGUCAGGAGGAAAUAGAGACAGCUGAGGAGAUUAUGAGGCAUAGGACAAGGGGUUUGGGUACAAAAAUUGCGGAACUUAUUAUUUGCCCUAUAUAUGCUAACUUACCCACAGAGCUCCAAGCUAAAAUAUUUGAGCCCACUCCUGAAGGAGCACGGAAGGUAGUUCUCGCAACAAAUAUUGCAGAAACAUCCUUAACAAUUGAUGGGAUCAAGUAUGUCAUAGAUCCAGGUUUUUGCAAGAUGAAAUCAUACAACCCUAGGACUGGGAUGGAAUCUUUGCUGGUCACACCCAUUUCAAAAGCAUCAGCAAUGCAGCGUGCUGGCCGGUCUGGACGAACUGGUCCAGGAAAGUGUUUUCGGUUGUAUACUGCUUACAAUUAUCUUCAUGACCUGGAAGAUAAUACAAUACCAGAAAUACAAAGAACUAAUCUGGCCAAUGUUGUGCUCACUUUGAAGAGUCUUGGAAUCCAUGACCUAAUAAAUUUUGAUUUUAUGGAUCCUCCACCUUCAGAGGCAUUACUUAAGGCUCUGGAACUGCUCUUUGCACUGAGUGCACUAAAUAAACUUGGUGAGUUGACUAAAGUUGGUAGAAGAAUGGCUGAGUUCCCCCUUGAUCCCAUGCUGUCUAAAAUGAUUGUUGCUUCUGACAAGUGCAAAUGCUCAGAUGAGAUAAUUUCUAUUGCUGCCAUGCUUUCUGUUGGAAAUUCAAUCUUCUAUCGUCCAAAGGACAAACAAGUUCAUGCUGACAAUGCCAGAAUGAAUUUCCACACUGGAAAUGUGGGGGACCAUAUUGCUCUUCUCAAGGUGUAUAAUUCUUGGAAGGAAACUAAUUAUUCGACACAAUGGUGUUAUGAAAAUUAUAUUCAGGUAAGGAGUAUGAAGCGAGCCAGGGAUGUACGAGACCAGUUGGAGGGCCUUUUGGAGAGGGUUGAAAUUGAGCUAUCAUCCAACCCCAAUGAUUUAGAUGCGAUAAAGAAGUCCAUAACUUCUGGUUUUUUCCCCCAUUCUGCUAGGCUACAGAAGAAUGGAUCCUACAAAACUGUGAAACAUUCACAGACGGUUCACAUUCAUCCCAGCUCAGGGUUGUCGCAGGUGCUCCCAAGAUGGGUUAUAUACCACGAGUUGGUUCUUACUACUAAGGAGUACAUGAGGCAGGUAACGGAACUAAAGCCAGACUGGCUGGUAGAAAUAGCUCCCCAUUAUUACCAGAUGAAGGAUGUUGAAGAUCCGGGGUCGAAGAAAAUGCCACGAGGGCAGGGACGAGCAUCAUCGCAGCAGCUGGGUUCAUAAGAGAUACGAAGAGUAUACGGGAGCUUGCAGCUGGGUUCAUAAGAUAUGAGGAGUAUACGGGAGCUUGUCAGGGGCCCUAGAGUUAUUUGUGGUCUAGGAAUACAAGACGUAAAUACAAUUUUGCAGACAAUUUGACAUCGUAUGUAGGGAUAGUAAUUCCAUCCGAACCAAUAGCACUGACCUGAAAUUUGGAUAGUUCCCAUAAUCAAUGAUUAAUGAAUAUCUGACCCCUUACUCUGA